CGCCAUAACUCCACCACUGUUGACAAGAAGGGUGUCCAUACCUCAGUUGUCGCACAGGCACAAGCUCAAGCCCAACCCGAUAAGCAUGUCAGUAUUUCUUCAUUAGCUUUUUGUAACCUAUUCUUUCUCAUUGCUUCAAAAACAGCAAGUCCUGGAUCUAAGGGUAAGAUUGUCGCAGUUAUUGGUGCCGUCGUCGACGUGCAGUUUGAUGAGAAUCUGCCACCUAUUUUGAAUGGUCUCGAAGUCACAGGGCGCUCCCCUCGCCUUAUUCUUGAGGUCUCUCAGCAUCUAGGAGACAAUGUUGUUCGAUGUAUUGCUAUGGACGGAACUGAAGGUCUUGUCCGUGGUCAAGAAGUCGUCGAUACCGGAGAUCCAAUAAAGAUCCCCGUUGGACCCGAAACACUUGGUCGUAUCAUGAAUGUUAUUGGAGAGCCCAUUGAUGAGCGAGGUCCUAUCCCAGCCAAGCACCGUGCUCCUAUCCACGCCGAAGCUCCAGAAUUCGUCGAAAUGUCUGUCGAGCAGGAGAUUCUGGUGACUGGCAUAAAAGUCGUAGAUCUGCUCGCUCCCUACGCCAAGGGAGGAAAGAUUGGCUUAUUCGGUGGUGCAGGAGUAGGAAAGACUGUACUUAUUAUGGAGCUGAUCAACAACGUCGCCAAGGCUCAUGGUGGAUAUUCAGUGUUCGCUGGUGUUGGAGAGCGUACUCGUGAGGGUAACGAUCUAUAUCACGAGAUGAUUGAAGGAGGUGUUAUUGAUCUUAAGGUAAACAUUUUUUCCAUCAAAUCAAGACUCUUCUUUGCUUCUUCUUUCUAUAUUGGUCAAAAAUUCUUCCUUUAUUUCUUAACACCAAACAUGCUGAGAUAUGUGUGUUACGGAGUAAAAGAUUUAUACUUACGUUUCAAAAAAUGAAG